CUAGUUUUGGAAUAACACUUCUCAUCUAACCUCUGGGAGGAGGGGAGAAAAAGGGCGCUCGUCUGUGUCAUUGAUAGAGAAAAGCGAGAAACUUCAUCUGAUCUCCAGCUAGAAAGCUAGACAGCUAGAUAGAUAGAUAGACGGAUAGCUAGAUAGAUAGGCAGACGGACGGACAGACUUUGGAGUUCAUGGUGUCACAUCUAAUUUGGGGACGCUGAACCUGCCGGUCUUGGUCCCGUGUCUCUGCAGCCCUCCUUUCCCGAGAUAAGUUGUAUGUGCAGAUUAUCUAGCAUUGACAGCAUCAGUAACACUGAUCAGCUGUUGGAGGAGCCCCCAAUCAAAGUUUGCUUAGGGCCCCAAGUAAGCUUGGGCUGGCCCUGCUUCUGAAGACCACAGAGGAACUUGUGCUGCAGAGGAAACGUCUCCUCCCCGUUUCAAACAGGGAGAAGAGGAGCAGCCAUGACUGUGAGAGCAGCAGUGACUGGAUUGGUCAUCUACCUUCUCUCUGUGCCAGCGGUUCCUGAUGAUGUCAGGUUGGUGGGCGGAGCCAGCCGCUGUGCUGGGAUCCUGGAGAGGAGAGAUGGAGGCGACUGGAGAGCAGUAAACGUCUCUCUGUCUGAGUGGAACCUGAUGUCUGCAGAGACGCUGUGCAGACAGCUGGACUGUGGUUCUGUACUUUCACUGGGACCACCAGAGAACUCCUCAAGGACUGACCCACCGUCAUAUUCUAGAAACCUGCAGAUCACCUGUUCAGACCCUGAUGAAGUCCGGUUGGUGGGAGGAUCCAGCACCUGCUCUGGUAGACUAGAGAUCAAACACCAUGGAGAGUGGAGACCAGCGGUUCCUUUGUCAUCUUACUGGACUCUAAAGGAUGCAGCUGUGAUUUGUAGAAGACUGGACUGUGGCUCUGCUGUUUCAUCUAGACGGAUAAAGGAAUCCUCUGACAGACCUGUGUGGUGCAUCAACCCUGAUUUUGUAGAAUCUAAAUCUACGUUAAAGGAAUGUGUGGACACAGAGGAUCGAUCGAGCAAUUCUGGUCUGGAAAUCACCUGCUCAGACUCUGUCAGACUGGUGAACAGGACUGGUCUGUGUUCAGGCAGACUGGAGGUGAAGUUUGACCAGCGCUGGUCCCCAGUGUGUGAGGAGGACUUGGACCUGCAGGGUGCUCAGGUGGUCUGCAGGGAGCUGGACUGUGGGGCUCCUUCAGUCUUCAAGGGGGGAAUGUUUGGAGGAUCGGAGGCUCCGUUCUGGACUAAGAGGUUCCAGUGUGAAGGCCACGAGUCUGCUCUCCUGGACUGUCCAGACUCAGGGUUGACUGGAAACACCUGUCCAGCUGCUACAGCUGUUGGCCUCACCUGCUCAGACCCUGAUGAAGUCCGGUUGGUGGGAGGAUCCAGCACCUGCUCUGGUAAACUAGAGAUCAAACACCAUGGAGAGUGGAGACCAGCGGAUCCUUCACACUCCUCCUGGACUCUAAAGGAUGCAGCUGUGAUUUGUAGAAGACUCGACUGUGGCUCUGCUGUUUCAUCUAGACUGAUAGAGGAAUCCUCUGACAGACCUGUGUGGUGGAUCAGCCCUGAUUGUGUAGAGUCUAAAUCUACAUUAAAGGAAUGUGUGACAACAGUGGAUCGGUCCAGCUCUGAUAAUCUGGAAAUCACCUGCUCAGACUCUGUCAGACUGGUGAACGGGACUGGUCUGUGUUCAGGCAGACUGGAGGUGAAGUCUGACCAGCGCUGGUCCCCAGUGUGUGAGGAGGACUUGGACCUGCAGGGUGCUCAGGUGGUCUGCAGGGAGCUGGGCUGUGGGGCUCCUUCAGUCUUCAAGGGGGGAAUGUUUGGAGGAGUGGAGGCGCCGUUCUGGACUAAGAGGUUCCAGUGUAAAGGUAACGAGUCUGCUCUCCUGGAUUGUGGAGGAUCUGGCUCAGGUAGAAACACCUGCUCACCUGGUAAAGCUAUCGGACUCUCCUGUGAAAAUCCAGAUCACAUCAGGUUGGUGGGAGAGCCCAGCCGGUGUGCAGGAACACUGGAGGUGAAAUACAUGGAGGAGUGGAGACCUUUGGCAGAGUGGGAUUCUAACUGGGACCAGAGGUCUGCAGCUGCAGUGUGUACAAUUCUGAAAUGUGGUUCUGCUGUUUCAACAAGAGCAGUGAGACAUGAGGAUAUAAGACCGGUGUGGGGGAUCAGAGGUUCCUGUGUCCAGACAGCAUCUUCUCUGUUGGAGUGUUUAGAUUAUCGAUUUUUUUCCAGCCACGAGGUCCUUGAGGUGAUCUGCUCAGAUUUGCUCGAAAAGCCAAACAUCACCAUUCAUCAAACCUCAGUAUGAAGGAGGAGAUUUCCAGCUCAUCUUCUCUGACUCCAUCACAACACAGAGCUACACCCUGACAGCUGUCAACCAUUCUGCCCAUUUCCUGUUUCCUCCUGCAAGGCAGAGCCACAGAGGGCAGUACGGCUGUGUUUAUCACCUCCAUGUUCUCUCCCAGAACUUCUCCUCAGAGAGUCAGACUCUCUCUCUCACUGUCGGAGGUAACUUCUCUGAUUAUCUGGCUCAAACAGUGAACAUCUGACACUUGACUGUCAUUUUCCACCAAUAUAUUCACAUUCUCUCCUCUAAGACACACUUAUUUUGAGUAAGGUGUUCACUAAUUUCUGCUUACACAUUACUAAAUGUUUAAUCAUCACCUUGGAAAGGAAAAGUUCAUUAUUAUUUUAGUCACAUUAAAACUUCCUCCACACUGCUGACAUGUUAGCUAUGGGGUUGCUAACGCUGCCAUGUUACUGGUGUGUUGACGCUCUGCUCCAGAUGUGACAGAUGUAAAUGAUCAGGGUGGAGAAAUCAGCUCAGGUUGCUGAUCCUGGAUCAGUUAAAAUGCCAAAAUCAGCUCUGAUCUGAUACUGAGGUCCUGAUCAGCACGUCCCAUAUGAAUCACUUAAAAAUCUUUGAGUUUUAAAUUCCGUUUAGUUCUCUUUUGUCUCUAUAGUCUCAGAAGUUUAACAUUCAUAUGACAUUACUGCAGCACACAUAUUCUUAAAGCCCAGGUUGUCCUGAAGAAAGGAUGUUCAGAGCUUGACUGUGCACCACAGGGUCGAUGAAGCUUUUUAUACCAACAAAGGCCAGGAGAGACCAAACACUUCAGGGUUCAGAGGGUUAAUUAUUACCUGGUGAUGUAAACAAUGAUCAUCUGCAGUUGUCUUUUAGAUUUGAAGGAUCUGUAAGAUAUGUGCAGCUGCUGUAUUUGUUUGGUGUUUUCCUCUGUCUUGUGUAAUCUUCUGCCUCUUUGAUAUGAGAUAUGUAUCAUUCAUUUAAUCAUUAUUACUACUCAUUUACUCAUUUACUGUUCUGUUCAUUUAAAGAGUAACUAAACCCUCAGACCACUGUAGUCAGAUAUAAACAUGUAUAUGGGUAGUAGUGCUGUUGAUCAGUAAGAGUCCACAUGUUGACUUUUUAGCACAAAGUUUAAAUUCUACUUUUGUGUUAAAAAUGAAUAAAGUGACUGCCCUCUACAGGCUGAAACUGUCCACUGUGACUGAAUAUUUUGACACAUUACUACUGGCUGAUCUAGUGCUGUCUGUCAACACCACAGAGAUCAACAGUAACCGCCCACUUUUCCCCCAACCACCCACUUCACCGGUAGAAGCCAAAGCCAAAAUGUGAAGCUGCACCAAUCAGAGAUGUUACUGUAGCACUGUAGGAUUGUGGGUAAUUUAGUGCUGUAGCCACAAAACUAGGUGAAUAAUUUCCCUUCUUUUGUCUUCCAGAUAACCUUAUAUCUUUAUUUCCUCAUUGAAAGCAUCUUUUGUUGAAAAACAACCAUUAAAUUCAUUAGUAGAGGCCGGGGGAAAUGUAGUGCUGUUGACUGAAAUGAUCUAAAAACACGUUUUUCCUAAAACAGGGUGGAUAAUAGGGGUGUGACGAGACACUUACCUCACGAGACACAAGACAAGAUGAGAUUUUACACUUUUUUGAAUUUGGAAAAAAAAAUACAAGGAUGGAAAAUAUGUCCUUUAAACAACUGAAAGCCAUAACUGCAACGCAUUCAGGUCUAUACAAAAAAGUUUGAAGUAAGCACUGAGUAGGCUAUCAAUGCCUCCAAACAGUAUGUCUUGUCUAACUCUGACUCAAACUGUACAUUUUCAUGCCCUUCAAAUCAAACCUUUCAUUUUAACAGCCAACAAAAUCGUUAAUUUACUACACUACGCUCUCGUCACUACAAUUACAAUAACUUUUUAAUAUAAUAUUUAAUUAUAUAUAAGAAAAGCUUUUAGAUUAUUUUUAAAGUAUUUUAAGCACUAUUUUCAACAGGCCUAAAUCUGAAGAGCUGCAUCAGUAAAAUCAAACUAUUUCUCAUCCUCUUUAAGGACUUUCAUAUUUAAAACAAUCAAAAGAAAUAUUUCUGUCAAUAACACGUUUGCUGUUAUUAAGAGAAAUAGAUUAUUUUAU